UCUAGUUGGAUUGCCCCUGUUCUCCCCUGUUGGCCAGAGAGCCAGCGAUCGUUUUCUCAUUGAAUCCCCCUUGCUUUCUUCGAUGACAGCCCCGGCAGCCCACCAAGGCAACGGAAGUGAACAGUUGCAGCCAGCAGAGGAGGCAUCCCCGGCGGGUGUUCCGUCAGCAAACGAGCGAAGGCAAGCAGCAACCAGCGAUCCAGAUUCUGGUGGAGGCAUGCGCCACCCGGUGUACCGGGGAAUCCGGAAGCGGCGGUGGGGGAGGUGGGUGUCGGAGAUAAGAGAGCCGAGAAAGAAGUCGAGAAUAUGGCUUGGCUCCUUCCCCACGCCGGAGAUGGCGGCCCGGGCCUACGACGUGGCCGCCCAGUGCCUCAAGGGCCACAAGGCCCUCCUUAACUUCCCCGACCAAGCCCACCUCCUCCCCAAUCCCGCCACCUCCAGCCCGAAGGAUAUCCAGGCUGCUGCCAUAGCUGCUGCCAAGCUUGAGUGCUUGCCUUCUUCCACCUCUGCUUCGACUUCGACUUUAGAGGAGGAGGAGGAGGAGGAGGUCAUCGCAAAAUCGCCUCGGCGAGGAAAGAACGAAGAAGAGGAUUUUUGGGCCAGCGUCGAGCUAUCGGCGCUGAUGAGCACUGCAAAGUCAUCUUCCCCAACGAUAGGAGACGCAUGGUCCUGGAAUUUGUGGGGUUAUUCUUGUGAUGCUCCAUGAUUGGAUGGCCAAUCUGUAUCGCAAUUCUAGGAGAUAAUCAUAGAUAUACGAUAAACUCUAUAUAUAAGAUGAGGAUGACUACAAAGCACGAUAAAUACGUAGAGAAUUUUUUUAAAAGAUCUAUUUGAUCAUUUUGAUGCUA